GGUCUACGGUGAGGAGGGGCGACGCAGCCUGCGGCGGGGCCUGAAGUCAUCGGCUGCGCCGCUGAAGCUGCCAGUACCACCGUCGCUACACCCCAGAUAGUGGAAGGGAAGAUGGAGCCGGUGACCGCUGCUACUGACAGCGGGGAGCGGCCGGGGGCCCCGGUGGGCGCAGGCCUGUCGGCCUCCCAGCGUCGAGCGGAGCUGCGGCGCAGAAAGCUCCUCAUGAACUCCGAACAGCGCAUCAACCGGAUCAUGGGCUUCCACAGGCCCGGGAGUGGCGCGGAAGAAGAAAGUCAAACAAAAGCAAAGCAACAGGACAGUGAUAAACUGAACUCCCUCACCAUUCCUUCAGUGUCAAAGCGAGUAGUGCUGGGUGAUUCGGUCAGUACAGGAACAGCUGACCAGCAGAGUGGUGUGGCAGAGGGAAAGGGGACUGAGCUGGGAGACAAACUGGACUCUUUCAUUAAACCGCCUGAGGGCAGUAACGACGGGAGCCUGGAGCUCCGGCAGCGGAACAGAGGGGACCUGACAGCAGACUCUGUCCAGAGGGGGUCUCGCCACGGCUUAGAACAGUACCUCUCCAGAUUUGAAGAAGCAAUGAAGCUAAGGAAACAGCUGAUCAGUGAGAAACCCAGUCAAGAGGAUGGAAACACAGUGGACGAAUUUGACUCUUUCCGAAUAUUUAGAUUGGUGGGCUGUGCUCUUCUCGCCUUUGGAGUCAGAGCUUUUGUUUGCAAAUAUUUGUCCAUAUUUGCUCCAUUUCUUACUUUACAACUUGCAUACAUGGGACUAUACAAAUAUUUUCCCAAGGGUGAAAAGAAGGUAAAGACAACAGUGCUAACAGCUGCCCUUCUGUUAUCUGGGAUUCCUGCUGAAGUGAUAAAUCGAUCGAUGGAUACCUACAGCAAAAUGGGCGAAGUUUUCACUGAUCUCUGUGUCUACUUUUUCACUUUUAUCUUUUGCCAUGAACUGCUUGAGUACUGGGGCUCUGAUGUACCAUGAAGCCCGCAGAACUCAGAAGGAGAAACUUACAGAAAACCAGUUUCUCUUCCGUACUGCCAAGUCUCUAAAGGCGGCAAACCGGUUUACACCUUUAUGUAACUCUCACUUUGUAGGAGUUGUGAACUACUUCAUUAGGAAUGGAAUGGCAGUUUCCUUGAUUUGAAAGGGUUGAGUUUGUAUUAAUACUGAUGUGAAGAAUAGAGUACCAGUGUCAUCAACUGAUCUUUCUUUAGUUAGAAUCCCUAGUCUACACCAUUCCCUGGGUUCUCAGAUUUGUAAUUCCCUUGCAGGCUGAGCUAGUGCUUUGAGGGGAGCAGAGGAAGGUGGUCUCAGCCAGCCCCUUGUAAUCAGGGACUGCAUCUUGUAUUUAUGUUCUGUUCUGAGAAAUGGAGCCAUCUUAAAAAUAAAAUGAAAGAAACUACAUUGUCUAAUGUUAAAUCUGCACAUUUUAAUUUAUAAUUGCUCAAUAAGAUAGCCAUUUGUCUCUUUUCUUGUUGAAUCAAUAUCUUAAUUCUUACUCCAGUGCAAAUAUUGUAAUGGGAGAAAGGAUUAAGAUUCAUACAUGUAAAAUUGGAAGGUAUUUGUGAAAUUUUGAAUUUUUAUUUAUGAAAAAUGUCUUAUUACCCAUCUCAGAAUUGGAAUUUUUCACUUUUGAGUUUUUAGCUUUCAGAAGUAUGUAUUUUAAGCAAACUAGACUAUAAUGAUUAGAUAUAAAAAUGGGAUGUGAAGAACUGACUGAGGUAUACAACUCAAUAGCAUAAAUAUCCCUUUAACUUGGUAAUACUAUUAUAUUUGGAAGGUUUGUAUUAAAAGAGUAUGAAACCUAAGUGUUAUAUUGCUUGGUAUUACGUUUUCUUACAGAUUUUUGUAUGGUCUAUUUGAUUAAUCCUUGUGAUAUUAAAAACAUACAUCCUUUUUUUUAAUUACUCACAAAGUCUUGAUUUUUGUCACUUUAUUUUGAAUCAGAAUAAUGCAGAGUAAAUGUAAGUGAGGUCUAGGCCUCUGACUUAGGAUAAGAUUACAAGCACGCGCUUUUUCUGAUCCCGUGAGGAAUCUAUUCUUGAUUGGAAAGCAUCCUUGAUUUGUCACAUCUCGCCCACCCUCCAGCCUCUGGGAACACUAGUAGUCUUCAAUUGCACGUUUUUACUUUUCUUGUCUCUU